CAGCGAUGACAGCGAGGAGAACGCCAUGCACAUGCGCAUGUUCGUGGUCGCGUGGCUGUUCCUGUUCACCGCGAGUUCGUUGUACACGUGGGUGUGGGAUGUUACGAUGGACUGGGGGCUUGGCCGGCCUCAAUACAAGUUCCUGGGCGACUCGCAAAUGUUCUCGCACAAGUGGGUCUACUAUGCCGCCAUCAUUGGCGACUUGUUCCUGCGAUUCGCGUGGACUCUGACACUCAUUCCGCCGCGUGGAGCAGCUCGCUGGCUGCCGCUCUACCUGCAGCCCUUUACGAUGGUCCUGGAGCUGUUCCGCCGGACAUUCUGGAGCUUCUUCCGGCUGGAGAACGAGCACCUGCGCAACACGCAGGGCUUCCGUCGCGUGGACUUCAUCCCGCUGCACUAUGACCACGGCGUAGGCGACGUGGAGAAGGACGGCGGCGACGAGGUGGAGCAGCUGGACUUUCGGAUCUUCACGCUCAAGAUCUUGGCCGUGCUGUUCACCGUGCUGGGGCUCAGCGUGGUUGCCAUCGUCAUUGAGCGCUGAGCGCGGUAGGCACCGAUGCUAGCAUACAAUAUCAAUACAACCGAAACCAAGG